CAGCAACAGCAGGAGCACCAGCAGCACCUCUGAUCGUGGAACCUCUCCUGCAUUCUCUGUUUCUGUACGAGCUGUGUUCUUGGCUGCACCCAGCACCGAGUGUAACCAUGGUGACCGGGCUAAACAUUUUCUGUACCUUUCCUUCCACUGCCGAUAUCUUGUGUAUAUAUACUGACUGACCUGAUGCAGAAUCCUCCAGGAAAUCCUGAUAGUACCUUAUAUUUUAUGUAUUAAUGUUGGAGGAUCGUCUUUCAUGUCAGAGGAUGAGCAGGGUUGAAGUAUGUGGAGCAGCUUCCAGAGCAAUUGUGUGCAAGGCAUCUGGAAAUUUGGAAGUUCUUGAGCCAGAAGAUGAGAAAGUAACUGCAGGACUUCAGUCACCAUCUAUUCAUAACAAAACCAUCAUAGAGCAACCAGAGGAGUCUAGUGGUGAAGAUGAGAGCGAUGAUGAAGCAGGACGUGCACCCAUAGAGCUACUUGCAGAGUUCCUUAAAGCUGUCAUGGAUGAGGAUUACCAGAUGGCACAGAAGCUUUGCCAAAUGGUGCUUAUCUAUGAGCCAGAAAAUCCAGAGGCAAAGGAAUUCUCACCUCUUAUUGAGAAGAUGCUGCAACAUGAAGAACAGCAAAGCAGUGAGGAUGAGGACAGCGAAGAGACUGAUGAUGAUGAGGAUGAUGACGACGAAGAUAGCGACACUGAUGACAGCGAUGACCAAUCUAAUGUUACCUCGGAGGAUUCCAGUGAAGAUGAAUUGGAUAAAUAGAACUGUUAUUUAUUUUAUUUUUUAUUUUUUAAAGAAUUUAUUUAGUGGGUGGUACUGUUACACAUAAAAUACAAAAAAAAACAUAAGAAGAGGUGAAAACAAUUCAUUCAGGUAUUGUUAUAAACAAGACACCAAGGAAUAUCGGAACAAUUAGCACUAGCAGAUCCAAUAAUCAAGUGUGAAACAAUUAAGAUCAGUGAACAAGCAAAAGUGAACAAAAUUUGACAAUAGGAAUAGGCAAUGUAGGGCAGAGUAGCAAUCUGCAGGGAAGAAAAAGGGGAAGGGGGUGAGGGAUUAGGGGAUGGGGGCAUGGACCCAGACUGGAAAGACUAGCAAACAAGGCAAGUAAUCAGAUAAACUGUGGUUGUACCUGAAAAAAGGAGGUUCCGGGGGUCCCACGUUUUAAUAAAUGACAAAGCUGUGUUACAAAAAA